AUGGACCCAGAUGUCGGCGGUGUAUUGGACGAGAUCGUGAGCGGAGCGGGCUCAUCGCUCUCACUGGAAGAUGCCACCUCGUUCCUCGUGGACGGGGAAGCACUCUCCUUCUUCGACCUCCAGAGCCGGGUUUUGCGCCGGCGGAAGCUGAUGAUUGCUUAUAACUGUGCUAAUAACGGGGGAAGCUGGCAGCUGAACCCUCAAGAUAAGAACAAGCCUCUGGUGUGGCGAGCAGGUGACCGCCUCGUGGUGCUGUCUUGA